UUUGGGCCAGAGCGGGCGCGCGCGAAGCGGUGUGCAGAUGUGUCGCAGAUUUUGUAAAGUCACUGGACGCAUGGAAAGAGCCAGCAAAAGGAAGUCGCUCUGGAUAAAUGGGCCUUUAAACUGUCAGGGAAACGAGGCAGCCGAAGGAGACACGCGUGGAAGAAGACGUAUCCGAGGGAGGGCUGUCAUACGCAGUUAACGUUAGCUUAGUUUGUCGGGGAGAGGGACGUUACUUUGACAGUUAAAAGCCAGCGGACGGCGGCGUGCGAAGAGAUGGAGCUGUCAGCGAUCGGAGAGCAAGUGUUUGCCGUGGAAUCAAUCGUCAAGAAAAGAGUUAGAAAGGGGAAUGUGGAGUAUCUGCUGAAGUGGAAAGGAUGGCCUCCAAAGUACAGCACUUGGGAACCUGAGGAACACAUUCUGGACCGGCGCUUGGUUCAAGCCUACGAAGAGAAAGAACAGAGAGAACGAGCUCUGGGUCCCAGAAGGAAAGGAUCCAAAUCCAAAAGAAUCCUUCUGCAGAAUACUGUCUACACCAUGGAUCUCCGCAGCGCUCACAAGAUUCCCGAAAAACCUGAACCGCGCCUGCGUCUGUCUCUGACACGCUCUCUGCUCCCCGAGGAUGACCAUCAGUCGUACAGACAGGAAUCACGAGCACAACACAGACUGAGGAGGAAGGAGUUCAGAUGCUUUAACUCAAACCCUCCAAGUCCAAGACAAGAGAACUGGGUAGAGCAUGGAGAGGAAGACGAGGAGGAGGAGGAUGAGGAAGAGGAAGAAAACAGCAUGGAAGAUGAUGAGGACAGGGAGGAGGAGCAAGAGGAGACUCAGAAGAACACAGCAAAGGAGAGCAAUGGCAUUUUAAAUGGACAUGAGAGGACAGACGGCUGGAGCGCCACCGGACCAGACGAGGGCACCACAUCAGAAAAUAUCUGGAGACCCGUCAUUUGUCCGGGAGAAGUAACCGUCACAGAUAUCACCCUGAACUCCCUCACAGUGACUUUCCGAGAGUCAAGAGUAGCCAAAGGCUUCUUCAGAGACUGGGGCCUGAAAGUCUGAAUGCUGGAAAUUGGGUUGGCAGGUUAGCAGUGGAGGCAUGGCGAGAGGGACCUGGAGGCACCGACACAGUGUGUAAAAGGUGCCACAGUAGGUGUUUUCACUCUCUCUCUGCUUGUCUCAUUGCCAGCCACUCCCAGCUUUCUGAGUGGUAAAUUUACAUGCACAGAGUCACCUGAAUAUAAGCUGAUCUCCAGGUAAAGUGUUAUUUUCAUUGUUCUUGACACUUUUCCUACAAUCAGACUGAGUUGCCUUGAAUAAGAAGUGUAUUACUUUUUAAUUUAAGAACAGGAUUUAAAACUUGAGUAAAUCCUGAAGGGAAGUUAUUUUGUGUGGUUCCCGUAGAAUGAGAGGCUUACUAACUUAAAUUUAGCAAAAAAAGUGAUGGCCACAGCAAGGACCUUCUGAGCAAAACUUAAAAAAUGGCCACCAUACAACUUGCGUAGCAUUCUCAAGCAUUAAGUGGAUCAGCCACAGAAGAAGUCCACGUGGCACUUCAUGUGGACAACUGCAAAAAUCUUGCUCUGCUCCAUUUUUCUAAGUGAAUUUUCAUUUUUUAUGACAACCAAGACAACAGAAAAACAUGGAAAGCUACUUCUCCACAGAGAGAGAUUAGGUUAUUCAAACACAGGUCCAACAGGUGCAACACAAACGUGAUGAAACAACACAAACGUGAUGAAAAGACAGUACUGAAUAUCUGUGAAGGCAUUGAAUACUGGCAAAAUCAUUUUGGUAUCUGUUCUUUCCUUUGCCACUGGAACAAAGACUGGGCCACAUUAAGUAUUUCAACUAAUCAUGACCAAGGUACAGUCAGAAACACUGACAGAUCAAAUGUGAAGAAUGUCCAGACCUCUGGAAUCAAGCAGCUGGAAAUGUGUGGAGGUAAAAUGGCCCAGAGUUUACUUGUAUUGUUGGCAUUGCUUAAUGCAUAGAUGUCCAAAGUAAAGCUCUCCUCUAGAGAUGUCUUUCAAAGAAACACAACUACAGUCGCACAGUAGUGGAUAGGGGUUUUCUUUGUUACCCCAAGGUGUAACAAAGAUGCAAAACACAUUUCUGCCACGACAAACCAUUUGAAAAGUCAGCCGCCUGCCUGCUUCAUUAGUUUACCAGGUUUGGUUGUUAAGUGCACACUGCAUAAAGUAAGCAGAGCGGCCAGAUCGCACCAAUCCAUCCGAGCUGUCAGUGGUGGGUCAUUUAAACUGAGAUUGGUUAAGGCUACCUGACAGUACUGACAGGCACUGUGAAACAGCCACCCUGAAACAAAAAACUUAGUUGCUUUGGGAAUUAAGUAUUUCUUCUCCUUGAUGUCCCAAAUAUCCAAAUUAUUGACCCAUGUGGAUUUAAAAUCCCUGUAACUGUUUGAAAUUGUAUAAAUGUUCAUCCCGGAGGCAUUUAUACAAUGAUGGAAAACAAGUGGCGCUCUGGCAGGCAAUUCAAUGGUUUUAGUGAUGGAAACGCAGAGCUCCAUACUUUACGUGGAUCCAUAGUUAUGACUGAACACUGUGAAUCGAGUGGAUCUUACCUUUCAUGCAGAGUCUUUAUUUUUGAACCUUGUAAAGUAGAAAGGAACUCCAGCGAUGAAGUAUAUGUAGUAGUUUCACAGUUUAAAGUAGCACAAAACUGGAAAGUUAAACAGCCAAUUUCUUUGAUAUUGCAUUUUUAAUUAGCACCUGAGCAAAUUUCUUGGCUAAAUGUUUGACCUUACAUUAGAUCUUCUCUUUCCUCUAAGCCCAUUUGCCCCAUGACGAGCAAAAUCCACUGACAACUCCCCACCAGCGUGAUCUGAGUUUGCCAUCUGUGUUUGUGUAAUAGUUAUGGGCUUUUUUUUGUUUUUUUGCUUUAGACAUGUUAGCUUUAGAGGUGGUUCAAAUUUGUCUGGCCUCUACCCUUUGACCUGUUCAACCUGGGUAUCCCAACCAGGAGCCUCUGCUCCCACUGGCACAGCUCUCCUGGUCAUUGAAGCACACAGGCUACAUUAGUAAACAUGUGAGGAAGAGAAGGGAGGAGUUCUCUGUGCAUGUAAACGGAGCCACACUAAGCCAGCCUGACUGGACUCAAACAUUUUGUACAUACUCAGUGAGGUGGGCUUAGGUGUCAGACCCAUACUAACACACAGUGCUGUACCUGUAACCUGUAAACUCAUAGACUGUUACUACUGUACAACACGUGGCUUUAGUCUUGUAUGCGUUUCAAAAUCCUCCGAGAGAAGAUUUGAUCCGCCUGCAUGCCUUUCUCCUCCAGUACAGUUACUAUAGCGAUAUAAAGACGGUGUAGUCUUCUCUGUUCAACUAGCUCUUCAUCUCCGCACAUAUAGCCCACCAUACAAGUGACAAAUUUGUACCAAAAUGAGAAACUAAAUGAGACUUGAUGAGAGAAUGUAUUAAGGAAUUGCACUGUAUUAGCAUCAUAGAGGUUUGUGUGUCCACCGGGAGGCUCUCUUUGCAAAGACUGAUGGGUAGAGUUUCAAAGGUGAAGUUUUAAAGCUGCUACCAGCUGAUGUUUCGCGCCAAUAUUCAGUCCCUUUUUAUCAUAUCAUUUCCACUGUCCUUAUCCAUUAAUGUGAUUCUUUUAAAACUGGAAAAGCCUCAUUAAGUCAAUUACCAAACAAGACUCUCCACUAAAAGCUGGGCUGAUGCAUUUAGUUUUGUUAACCGUGUAGCGUUCCAGCACAACUUUCAGAAAGUGUGCUUUUCGGCUAAUAAAACAGAUAAUAUUAGUAACCCAUCAUCUAACAGCCGGCUAAGGCUCUUAGCCAGUGAUAAUGUCAUUUAGUAAUGCAGGAAAACCUUUCAGUUUAAAACAAAUGGUCUCUGAAAACAAAGAGGGACUAAUGUGGACAUUAACAUGUAAAACAGGACGAGAGUCUUAUACUUUAAAAUUUGAAACGGUGUAACUACAUGUAGAGUCUCUUAUGUUGGAAGCUGUAACAGGCUUUAUAAAACACUUUUCCAAACUGUAUAAAGCCCCAGUCACACCAGCCUAAAGACCAAUGGGAACCCAAAGUAUGUGAAGAGUAUGUAGAAGAAUGCACUUUUUUCCAGAGGGACCGGUGGUGUCUGAGGGGCCACCAACUGAUCUCUAGCAACCUAUAAUUGGUUAUCUCAUAACAUAAGUAUCUAUAACAUGAUAUAUUGACAGCAUUUAUGAGUAAAAGGUCAUUUUGGACCAGGCUAACCUAUAGCUAGGGUGACCAGAUCCCAAGAAACUGAAUGUGAGGGACACGUCAGCGAUGCUGAGAGGUAGUCUGAAACCUUCAUAUCCAACCACAAAAUAAAAAUACAAUAAAUUGUUCAUGUUCCAACUCUCCCAGUAAGUAAAUACAAUACUGAAAAAAGGAAGCUCAAGUUUGUUCUUAUGCUAUGAUACGAAGGGCUUUAUAUAUUCCUGUAUUCUUCUUUUUUAUUUCUCUCUUAUUCCAGUAGUUUCUUUUUGUAUCAUUGCAUAGAUUGGACAAGGAAUCAAAAUGCUGCACGCUCCCACAUAAGGAGGGGCUUCUGGUCACCCGAGUAGGUUUGGCUUAUUAUUUUACAUUAGUUUCAUCACCGGGAUUUGCUUAGAGAUUCCUUCUUUCGUCUGCAUCUCCAUGAACAUUUCUUCUAAUGUUGACUGAAAAAGUUGAGUUUUUGCAGUUCAUACAUGACUUUAAACUGAACUUUAAAACACCACCUCGCUUCAGUUCUGCUAAAAAGGUUUCAGAACACCGAGAGAUGAAAAUCACAGAAAUCCAAAUCAUUUAGAUGAUAUUAAAAACGAUUAAAGUUAUCAACGUUCAAAAUGACCAAUUCCAUGACAGCUGAGCGGCCAGCGGCUCAAAUAAAUGGAAACCUUGACAAAUGAUUGCGAUGUGUUAAUCAAAAGUGGAAGGUUUGAGUUAUCAGGGAGCGACACUGAAUGAUCAGUAUUACAAAUUCAAAACAAACUAAGAAGUAAAGCCUAACUCUGGACCCAGCAGAUCAGUCUGACUCCACAAGCUUCCACUGGGGACACAGGAGCAGGUGUGAUGUGUCACGUCUAUGGAAUCUCCCACAGAGGCGUCCCAUUGGUCCACAUGUUGUUUAUAUCACACUGAGGAUUGAUGGGUCAGCCUCUCAUGAUCUUCAAACUGUCUCUGUGUGACAACGAGCUGCAGGGAAUGGAAGUGCCUGAUGUUGCCUUUUUUUUUUUUCUUUUACUUCUGUCUGUGGAGCUUUCAGGGCUAAUAUUUCCCUUUUACACACACAUUAACACACCUCUCCUGUCCCAGUUUUUUGUUUGGUUGUUUUUUUUGUUUUUGUUUCUGUAUGUCUGGAUUUCACCAUCCUUCAAUGAUGUUAUUAAGACUUGAAAAACGAGGCGACGCGGGGAGGAAGCCGGAGAGGAAAUGUGUAUUUUUUAGUGGUUAUUUUUCUACAUUGACCUGAAUGUAUAUUUAUUCUUUGAGGGUGUAUUUGUCACUUGAUGACCAACAAGGAUAGUUUUUUAUACAGUUUGUGAUAACCACUGAGCUCAUGCCAUACUCCAGUGUUGCUGACAUGACGUAAAAAGCACCUCGGAUUUGACGUUGCCUGACGUGGUUGCUCGUGCUGCUUUCGUCCACCACUGAGCGAAGAACCUUGCACUUUAUUGUGAUGUAACCCUACACAUUACAUGCUCCGGUCUAUGAAGUGUCAUCGUGUAUAGACUAUUUCUAUGGUACUACUAAAAUAAAUGUUGCUCAUGUUUAAUAUCA